AUGCCGAUGGCCUUGAAACUGUUCCCUUCUAUGGAACUGUCUGCUUGCAUUCGGAUUGUCAAGGAAGGAAUUGCGCCACUUAUUCACGAGGUACUUGCAAAGCAGGAGCUCGCAGUUGAGACUUGCGUCCGCAUCAUCGACAAACUCAAUCUACUCUGGUCAGAUAUGGAUCGCAUCGAGGCUCUAAACGAAACUCUUCAACCCUAUUCACUUCGCGAACUGGCCGAUCUCUACCUUUUGUUCCACUACGGACCUGAAGUUGGAGACACUGUUAUGCUGCGCACUGCGAUCCUUCGUAACGCUGGUCUUGAGCUCGACCCAGCUCGUGACAAGGACAGUGCUCUUGCGGCUAUUCACGAACUUGCAAGCAUUUAUGCAGAGUAG